CAAAUGAUUCCUUGAGAACCAGAAGAUCGAACAUUCUACAGAAGCGGCUGUGAUAAUCUUCUUAACACCUCCCUCUUCCUUCCUUCUAAGAGGUGGGGUAGAAGAUGACUUCAGAAGAUGAUGAUCAGAUGCUAGGACCAAGCGGCACUGAGGAAAAGAUUUAUGUUUCUGUUCGUAUGCGACCUUUAAACGACAAGGAAAAGCUUAGGAAUGAUGUCCCGGACUGGGAGUGCAUCAACAAUACUACCAUCAUUUACAGGAGCCAUCUUUCUAUCUCCGAGCGUUCCAUGUAUCCUUCUGCUUACACAUUUGACAGAGUGUUUAGCCCUGAUUGUUGUACGAGGCAGGUGUAUGAACAAGGGGCAAAGGAGGUCGCUUUCUCCGUUGUCAGUGGCGUUAAUGCUAGUGUAUUCGCAUAUGGGCAAACAAGCAGUGGAAAGACGUAUACCAUGAGCGGAAUUACUGACUGCGCCUUGGUUGAUAUAUAUGGCUACAUUGACAAGCACAAGGAAAGAGAAUUCAUUCUUAAGUUCUCUGCCAUGGAGAUCUACAAUGAGUCUGUAAGAGAUCUCUUAAGUACAGAUACUAGUCCACUCAGACUUUUAGAUGACCCUGAGAAAGGGACAGUUGUUGAGAAACUCACAGAGGAAACUCUACGAGACUGGAAUCAUUUCAAGGAGCUUCUAUCUGUCUGCGAAGCUCAAAGGCAAAUUGGAGAGACAGCUCUAAAUGAAGUUAGCUCCCGGUCUCAUCAGAUUUUGAGAUUGACAGUUGAAAGCACAGCUCGUGAAUUUUCCACCAAUGAUAAGUUUAGUACACUAACAGCGACAGUGAACUUCAUUGAUCUUGCUGGAAGUGAACGUGCAUCUCAAUCAUUAUCAGCCGGCACAAGGUUAAAAGAAGGUUGUCAUAUAAACCGAAGUUUGUUAACACUGGGAACUGUGAUCCGUAAGCUAAGUAAAGGAAAAACUGGGCACAUUCCAUUCAGAGAUUCAAAACUAACACGCAUACUUCAGUCUUCUUUGGGAGGAAAUGCAAGAACCGCCAUAAUUUGCACUAUGAGUCCUGCGAGAAUCCAUGUUGAGCAGUCAAGAAACACACUGUUAUUUGCAAGCUGCGCAAAGGAGGUGACAACAAAUGCACAAGUCAAUGUUGUCAUGUCUGAUAAAGCUUUAGUAAAGCACUUGCAGAGGGAGUUGGCUAAACUGGAAAGUGAGUUGAGAAGCCCUGGUCAGGCUUCAAUUGUUUCUGACACAACUGCAUUACUGACGGAGAAAGACCUCGAGGUUGAAAAGCUAAAGAAAGAGGUACUCCAACUAGCACAACAACUAGAGCAAGCUCGUUCCGAGAUUAUGGAUCUUCGAAGAAUGGUUGAAGAAGAGAAAAAACCAGAAAAAGAAACGCUAUCAACAGAAACAGAAGGGUUAAAUGUUCUGUUGGAACAUCAAUACCCCAAGCUGCGAGUGCGCAGUACAUGGGACUCUGAGAAUACAACACCACUGAGCCCUAUAUCAGCUCACCGCUCCAGUAUAUCUCCACGAUCAACUGAAUAUAGUUAUGAAGAGAAUGUCUUUCAGCUAUCAGAGUUCAGGAUAGAUUCUGCAUCAAGUAGUCCGCAACAGCUUGCGUUUGUAACUCCUUUCCUUGAUAUUCACGGGACAGAAACUGUAGACCAAUCUCAUGUUCACCUAGAGGAAAUUAUAGAUCAACCUCAUGUUCAGGAGGAGCGGUUUUAUGAAAUGGCUGAACAGACUGACGAAAAUUCUGAGGAUAACUGCAGGGAAGUUCGCUGCAUAGAAACGGAGAAGUCAGAUAUUAGUAUAGGUCCAGAGGAAAAGAUGCCGGAGAGCAGUCCAGACAAGUACGAAGCUGUGAAUGAAGAAGAACCAGUAUGUGUGACAGAGCCAAAGAACUUACGACCACCCACAGAAGCUGAAAACGAAGAAGAAGAAAGAGUAAAGGAAGUCAGUGGUGCUUCUCCUCAACCAAAACAAGAAACCAACCUCGCAAAAACUCCUCCAUUCUGUGAUUUCGAAUGUUCACCUGUUGAGUUUGAUACAAGCAUGUCUAACCUGAGAAGAAUCCCAACGCCUCCAGCACUUAUCACUCCCUCUCCUGAAAAGCCUUUCUCUUGGCUUAUGGAGAGAGAUUCACAACCGUUCAGAGGCAUGAAGCUGACUAGAAGUCGAAGCUGCCGACCAAGCUUAUUAUCGAGCUCUUCCUCCUCUUGGUUAGAUAAAGAUGCUGAUACACCGCCAAGCUGGUACGACAAAGAGUUUGUCAAAUCAGUUGAGACAAACCUGACAAUGUGCGACAUCAAGAACCAGAGGUUGUUGCAGGAUGAGUUUAGCGGGAGGAGUAUGCCAACAACUUGGUUCGAGAGAAACUUGAGUGACACUCAAACGGCGGAUGCUGCUUCACAUGGUGUCAGUAAUGAAAUGUCACCAAAUGAGUCACCGUCUCGGCCAUCUGAUGCUUCUGUGUUUGAGCUCCAGACAAGUGGUAGAGCGUCAAUAAGCCAGGACAGAACAGAGGAGACUGGUGCUCAAAAAGACAAGCAAAUCAUUCAUCGCUCGAUGGAGGAAAUGGAACAGAAGUUCUUGUCAUUGAGUUCAACGAAGAGUUUCAAGGAUGCAGCAAUGGACCCAAUACAAGACUACUUAGACACGCCCUUGAAUUGGCCGGUGGAGUUCAAGAGGCUACAGAGGGAGAUAAUAGAGCUAUGGCACGUGUGUAAAGUCUCUAUGGCACACAGAAGCUACUUCUUCCUUCUGUUCAGAGGAGAUCAGAAAGAUUGCCUGUACUUGGAGGUAGAGCUCCGUAGACUUAAGUACAUCAGAGAAUCUUUUGCCCAAAAUAGCAACGAUGGCCACAAUAUGACCCUAAUCUCCUGCACGAGGGCGUUGACGAGGGAGAGGUAUAAGCUGAGCAAGCUGAUGCAGAGGAAACUGUCGAAAGAAGAGAGAGAGAACUUGUUCUUGAGAUGGGGCAUUGGGCUCAACACGAGUCACAGACGGGUCCAGCUGGCACACCGACUCUGGUCGGAUUACAAAGACAUGGGUCAUGUCCGAGAGAGCGCUUCCCUCGUUGGUAAGCUCAAUGGGUUCGUGGACAUGAAGUUGACUUCCACAGAGAUGUUUGGCGUCAACUAUGCUUUCAGACCACCUCGUCCCAAGAAAUCUAGUCUUUGGAAACGCAGCGUUUUGUCCCUCUCCUUUUUGUAACUACAAAGACCGAAACAAAUCUUCACAAUCUUCUUCUUUUCUUUGAUCCUGCUGAUUUAAUAAAUCGUCUCUCACAUC